AUGUAUGUGAGAGAUGCUAUUGGCCGUGUGACAUCGACGAUUGUUUGUGGCAGUGAUUUGCAUUUGUAUCACAAUGAAUUUGCUGGUCUGGAAAAAAAUGAUAUUCUUGGUCAUGAAUGUAUGGGUAUCAUUGAAUCGGUUGGAUCUGAAGUGAAAAAUGUCAAAGUUGGCGAUCGUGUCGUUGUUUCGGCUGUCAUCUCAUGCGGCUACGACGGGUGCCGAGCAGAAUACGUUCGCGUUCCAUUCGCAGAUGUGAAUACGUUGAAAAUUAAAAGUGACGUUAAAGAUGAACAAGUAUUGUUCUUAUCCGAUAUUCUCUGUACUGGUUGGCAGGCAACAGUGUUGGGCGGAGUUCAAGAAGGAACCACAGUGGCUGUAUGGGGUUGUGGACCGGUGGGAUGGAUGUCUGUUAUGUGGUCUCGCUAUCCUGGAGCUAAAAAAAUUGUUGCUAUUGAUUGCUGCGAAGAACGAUUGGAAAAAGCGCGAUUACAAGGAGCUGAGGCGAUUAAUUUCUCGAAAACCGACAUACUGAAAACAUUACAACAAAUGAUCCCUGGUGGUCCCGAUAUUUGCAUCGAUGCUGCUGGCUUUCGAUUUGCUAAAGGUUAG